AUGUCUUUCUCCUCUAUUCGACUGCAACAGGUGAAGAGUGACCCGAAUGACCACCCCCUGGGCACUGUGGAUAUAAAUAAAAUCAACACAGCCGCAGAACCGUCCGGUGAGAACAGCAGUCCAACCCAAAGCUCGGACGAUUUUCUCACCACCAUAUUCGAACAUUUGGAGCCCUACAUAGAUACGUACGACGUGUACAAACAGCUCAUAGAUGCUGGGUUUACGCUGUCGCAGUCGGAUGAGAUCCUCAAUCUUGUGAUAGUCCAGUUGAACUCGAAGUUAACCAAGCUUCUGACUAUCUAUUCGCAGCUCUAUGAGCUCGAAAACGAGCGGUAUUUGUUUGAGAGUGCCCAACAAGAAUUGCACGUAGAUAUCACGCGCAACAGGGAGCAACACAUAAACGACGCCAUCAACCAAAUUAAUGCCUUGGAGAGAGACUACGGUAUCAUCAGUGACGAGCUCAACAACCACUUCAUUCAAAUGAAGAACGAUAUCCAAGUCGCUAUCAAUGAUCAAAAGUCAGAAAACACGUUAAUGAGCAAGAAGAUCAUGUUGCGGAUGCAAGAGACAAACCAUAAAAUCACUACCGAGCUCAAUAUGGCCAUGCGUCUGGAAAUCGAGUCUUUGCGGUGGCACUUGUCACGCUGGGGGUUGAUAGCUAUUUUGAUCUCCAUUAUCACUGCCUGUGCGGGCUUCUACGCCUAUAGAGUUCAUCAUCAAAAACAACUUACCGAAAAGAACGAGUUUGUGCCACUCGUCAUAUACGAGCCAAGUGAGUUUGAUGAGGACGAUUACCAUGCAGACCUAGACCCAAACGCUUUAUAG